GAAAAAAGGAGUGUUUUUACCCUGGAAAGUGUACCAUUUAGCAGUAUCUUGCGUGUAGGAAGCCUUACUAUUCAUGGUAAUAGUCUAGAGAUUUUACUGCAACAGCGCGAAAUUAAAGGAAAACAAAGAUGCCGUACUCCGUAGUGGAAACUAUUGGAUGUAUGGACAGCAAGAAAUUGCUCACAGUGCCAGAAACGUGGAUUGUUUGCCAACAUGAUGCGCCGACAGGGUUUUUGUAUUGGCCGGACGCGAAAAACGUUAGUUCGCUGAAAGAACUGAUGGCAAAUGAACACAGCACUCCAUCGGCUUCAUGGGAAAAACGAAUAUGUAAAAUUAUCUACCGGGGCAUUCCUUCCUUAACGUCGGCCCAAAAAACCUUGGAAGUCUUGCAAAAGCAGUACAAACUGAAUAUAUGCGUCGUUACUCGUGGAGUGAAGAAAAAAGUUCAGCAUAGCAUGAAUCCAAUGCGAAGCACUGCGCCAACGUUGGUUGCUGAGAAUCAGCCGACUGACAAUGCCACCAAACGAGUGUAUAAUUCUAUGAAUCCACUGGAAGAUGAGGAUCCAUUUGGGAAUCAUCCGGUUCCAAAACCGUUUACAGAAAACAUGUUUACAUUCUGCAAGCCGAAAGAAGAGUACGAUCCAUUCGGCGAUCUGUUUCCAGCAACAUCUGGAACGAACCUUGAUCCUGAGAAGAACCCGAGUGCAAAGAGGCAGUCGGCGAUUGACCCACUGGAAGAUGUGAAAUAUUCUUCCCAGCUAUACGAUCUCAUAUAUGAACUGAAGAACAUAAUAAUGAGCAUACAGGAAGAGAUGAAACAAAACAUACGCGAAGGUUUCAAUCAAAUCCAAGAAACCAUGUUGUCGCCGCAAUGGUGCAAUGAACAAAAAGUGAGGGUGCAAUCGAACCAUAAACUGAGUGAAACAGCUGAGCUGUACUGUGAUGGUUAUGUGUACACGCUAAAAACCGCAGAAGACAUGAAACGUUUCGAUGACCAGCUAAGAAAUACAGAAUAUCGCAAGAAGGUUAUAAGCUUCGUAGAUUUAAACAUACAACAUGAGACAAAAACACGGAAACGAAUGAAAAUACUAUUUGAUAUGUUAUUCGACGGUAACCUGCUUGAUCAGCUCAACUGGUCCGGAAAGAAUGGCAAACAUGGAUUGAAAAGUUAUUUGAACAUUAGAAAAUUGUUUGAAUACUCAGGCAGCACUUCCACGCAUCGCUCCAAUCAAGCGGAAGUAACCAAAUUUGUCAUGAAGACAUUGGAAAACAGGAUGCGUGCGCGAAUAGAGGCCCAAAGAAAGAGAGCGUCCCGUAAUGCUACGGUAUGCCGUUCGAAGAGUAUUGGUUCGACCCAACAGAAAACGAUACCAAACGCUCUUUUGGAAGCAGAAGACAAUGGUACAGAACGGAAAGAUACAGCGAAGGAAGGUGAACGGAUUGAACGGGAUGAAAUGAUUGAAGAAAGUAAAGGCAUUGAACAGGAUAAAAGUAUUGAAAAUGAUGAAAGUAUGGAACACGGUAACGAUACAAGCGUAUUAGAAAACAGCCAAACAUUGUCAGACGAAGAUAGUUCACAGCCUGCAGUAUCCGGAAAAAUCCUGACAGACAUCCUGACAGGCAAGCGCAUUACAUGUGUACAAGAACUGGAUACAUUUGAAGAGCAACUGAACGACGUAAAGGUCAAACAGCAAGUGCAAAAAUGGAUCGAGCAAACCGUUGGUCCGGUGACCGAUGAAGAUGAACGCAUGAAUGAUUUGCUGGACCGGUUAAUUGAAAGAAAAGUAUUGCGAACCUUUAGUUGGAUGGAUGCAAAUAGUGGAAAACUGCCCUUGGAAAGCUAUAACAAUUUUGUUAAACUGUUUGAAUAUGCCAGCCGAUCCGUGAUACAUCAUACGAUCAUAUUUAACCGUGGUUACGUUUCCAAUUUCUUUAUGAAUUGCAUUAGCAACAUUGAACGGCAAAAUAAGUCUAAAAAAGAACUCUAAAUGUGUUCACACUACUAACUAAGAUUUUUUUCUCUUACUAAUUAAGAUUUUUUUCUCUACGAAAUUGUGGGAGAGUUGUGUAACAAUACAGCCAAAUUAGGACUAAUGAAACACUUUAUUUUAAGAGCCAUCAUCAGGAUACCGUACCUACGUGUACGGUACGUAGUU